GAAGCCGGGCCUUCAAGCAGCAGAUACGCUUCUGGCGCAGAUGGGCAACGAGUUGACAAGAGUUGACUCAAUGCUCGAGAGCCACUUCAGCAGUCGAUCUUCCCUCAUCCUGCACAAGGCAGGGAUACCAGCAGACUGUGAUGUGCCUGAGCUGACCCCCGCAGCCUGCCAGAAGUGGCUGGAGGUCUUCGGCCACAGCAGGAUAAUGCUGAUCCUAUUUCUCGGCCCUGGCUACGGGCGCCUGGAGUUUCAACCCCUGGAUGCCGAAGGGCUGGAGCCCUACGAGGUUGAUGUUGGCCCUGGUACUUUGGCCAUUGUCCGCGCAGACGGCGUGAGCCACAGAUUCUUCUCCACCGCUCGGAGUCUUGCAGUCAGCUGUUUCCUCUUAGAGGAUGCUGUGGCUACAUGGCGUCGGAGAUUUGGCGUCCCGUUGAUCACAACUCCCGUUUGCCGUGACCUCAUGGAUUGGGCCAAGGAGAGAUGGGAGCUCGCCAAGAGGCAAAGCCUGACACCAGAUGAUCUCUCCGAGCUGCCUCCGCAGUGGCAGCGUAUGGCGAACCAGGCCUACCAGGUUGGCCCUCAGGUGGCCGUCAAGGGGACCUCUUGCAAGUUCCCCUCGUCAUACAACGCCGCCGGCUACUGGUGUGGCAUGCAAGCUGGCUGCGACCUCGUUGUAGAGGUGCCGUUUUCUCGCUGGGAUCACACCGACUUUUUCAACAAAGAUCCAGAAAGCUGGAAGUGGGGCGCAACAAACUGUCGGCAUGGCUCCUUCAUCGAUGGCAUUGAGAUGUUCGACAACCGCUUCUUCAACAUCUCACCUGUAGAGUCCAGAGGGAUGGACCCGGCACAGAGACACAUCCUGGAGACUUCCUAUGAGGCGCUGUACUUCAGCGGCUACAGCAAGAAGAGCCUCAUGAGGUCCCUGCUGGGUGUCUACAUCGGCGCUGCGGCAACAGAGAUGAAUCUGAUGCCGGCCACGGCACUUAGCUCAGGAACCGGUGGCGCCAGCAGUAUCACCUCGAACCGCAUCUCCUUCUGCCUGGGACUGCAAGGUCCCAGCUUCACCAUGGAUGCCCAGGGGGCUUCGUCCCUGGCAGCCCUCACGCAGGGGUCCAUGAGCCUGAGGUUCCAGACAGAACACUACAAGCCCAACACGGCAGCUCUGGUUGGUGGCGCGUACUUGAUGAUUACUGGCACGUCAUUCAUCCUUCUGAGUGCCAAAGGCCACCUGUCGCCCCAGGGGCGUUGUUUUUCCUUCGAUCAGUCAGCGGAAGGAUAUGCAAAGAGCGAGGGCAUUUCCAACCUUGUGCUCGAGCUGCUUCGCGAUGAUCCCAAAGAGGGGGAGCCCGAGGUGAACGGAAUCAUUGCCGCCACGCACUCGAACCACACCGGCCGGAGCGCCUCACUCACGGCGCCCAACGGCGCGCAGGAGGGCGAGUUAGUCAUUGCAACCUGCAAGCAAGCAGCCAUCUCACCGUCGUCUGUGGACGCAGUGGAAUGCUUCAGCCAUGGACUUCCCCUCCACGACGCUGUUGAAGCAACAGUGCUUCGGCGGUUUCUUCGUGGCCAUGCGGAGGUGGAGGCGCCUUUGUGUUUGGGCACUGGGUUCACGGCCAGUGGCAUGGGACUUGAGUGCGCCGGCAUGGCGCAGAUUCUCAAGGUUCUGGUGGGCCAGAAGUACGGAGCCAUCACGCCGCUCCUGCACUUGCACCAGCUGAAUCCUGAGAUUGAGUUUCCUGACAACGACGACGCAGCGCUGUUCUCUAGUGAAGAAAUCCGGAUUGAAGGGCUUAGCUCCUACACGGGGAUUACCGGUAAAGGCAUUGGUGGCACUAUGUGCCACGCUAUCACGCUCGGCACUCUCCGAACACCGGAUGCACAAGCACCACCGGAGGACGCCCCGCGCACUGCACCGCGCGAAGCGAUGCAGCUUGCUGCUGGAGAUUUCUGGCUGCGGCGCCAGAUCUGA